CGCGCGUCUGAUAUUAUGUGGUUUUUUAUGGCUACAACUCAACACGACUGACUGACGACUUCCCCGCGCGUCUGAUAUUAUGUGGGUCAGAGACGGGACGAUAUUAUGUGGAUGCUCAUUAGAUCAAUAAUUUUCUUACAACAUAAAAAACGACUGACUGAGAAAUUCACUGUACCUUCGGAAUAGAUCUUGGAUUCCAUGGAGGAAGUACUGAAGAGCAGCUUUGGCACUGUGGCCACGUUUUUUGGUGGCCUGAUUUACUCAUACUAUGUCGUUUCGAAGCUUCCAAAGGGACUUUUGCGCAUUUUAGCAGUCAUUCCUGUGGUGGGUAUGUACAUACUUUUGCCAUUACAACUCUCCUCUAUGCACAUGAGAGGAACUUUGUCAUUUAUUUUCACAUGGAUUGGUACCUUUAAGCUUAUAAUGCUCUGUUUUGAUUUGGGUCCUCUGGCAAACCCAUGGGCAAACUUCAAUCUUUUUCAUUUUGUGGGCGUUGCUGCGUUUCCUGUUGAGAUCAACGAAUACAAACCUAAGGCUGAACCCAAUAAUUCUUCUUGGUGUAUUUUAAGGGUGGAUUUAAUUAUAAAAGGAUGUCUUUUAGCACUACUUAUAUAUUCAUAUUCCUUCAGGCAUUUGAUUCCCCAGAGCUUGAUUUUGAUGCUUUAUGGUGUGCAUAUGUAUUUAGCCCUGGAUAUUGUUUUGGGAAGCCAAGCAAUGCUAUUAAAUUCUUUAAUUGGGGCUCAAUUAAAACCUCAAUCUAACAAACCCUAUCUUGCGAGCUCAUUGAAGGAUUUUUGGGGUGCGAGAUGGAACCUUAUUGUAACAAAUAUUCUUAGGCCUUCUGUUUAUGGCCCUGUAUUGAGUUUCUGCUGGAUGAUCAACAUAAAGUUAUAUGAGAGAAGCCAGGGAAAUCAAGCAACAGAAGCCAAGCCUCCGCUUUGGGCAAGAGGGUUUGCAGUUAUCUCCUCAUUUCUAGUUUCUGGACUGAUGCAUGAAUUGAUUUUCUAUUACCUUACGGAGAAGCAACCCAGUUGGGAAGUUACGGCUUUCUUUACUCUCCAUGGCUUAGCUGUCGCCAUUGAGAUCUGUUUGACGAGAAACUUGUCUCCUUACAUAACAUUACCCAAAUUCAUUUCAAUCCCUACGACUCUUCUGAUUGUUUACUCGACGGGAAUUUGGCUUUUCUUUCCGCCGAUAACUAGACAUGGCAUAGAUAUUAAGACCAUUUCUGAAUACCAUGCUCUUUUUCAGUACUUGUUUCCAACAAAAAGGUAAAUUUUGGUGUUUCCUUGCAAUGAUAUUGCCAGAAAUGUCACUCUAGAAAUGUAUUUGAUAAUUCUCUGCUCAGUCCCGUUCUACGUCUUGUAUUUAACUAAGAAUUAUAUGAGUCCAUUUCAUUGCUCCUAAUUACAAAGUUGAAUAUGCCACAUGGAGAGCUUGGGAUCUAACAUUAGAAGAUGAAAUAAAAAAUCAGAUUCCCAUCUUUUACCAUCAAUCAGAAUUUUUAUUAUUAGAAUGUGAAACUGAUUUUCAAUUAUCCACUCAAGGUUGUAUCAAAAUUUGGAAAUAAGUUAAUCGUUUGGGGUUUUAUACCAAAACAAAUUCAAUUUUGAUACAUCA